CCUGCCACCAGUGUGUCUAAACUUGCUUGUUUCUCUUUAUGGUUUGGCUUCCCAUUUCACUCCGAUCUGGGGUGGGGCCAAACCCAACCCCCUGCCGUGGACGGCCCGACCACAGUCGUGAAGCAGCGCAUGCAGAUGUACAACUCGCCGCACCGGUCGGCCCUCAGCUGCAUCUGGACGGUUUGGAGGACGGAGGGCUUGGGGGCCUUCUACCGGAGUUACACCACGCAGCUGACCAUGAACAUUCCCUUCCAGUCCAUCCACUUCAUCACCUAUGAGUUCCUGCAGGAGCAGGUCAACCCUCACCGGGGCUACAACCCACAGUCACACAUCAUCUCAGGCGGGCUGGCGGGGGCCCUCGCCGCAGCCGCCACCACCCCACUGGAUGUGUGCAAGACCCUCCUCAACACCCAGGAGAACAUGGCCCUCAACCUGGCCAACAUCAGCGGCCGGCUGUCGGGCAUGGCCAACGCUUUCCGGACCGUGUACCAGCUCAACGGCCUGCCUGGCUACUUCAAGGGCAUGCAGGCCCGUGUCAUCUACCAGAUGCCCUCCACUGCCAUUUCCUGGUCUGUCUAUGAGUUUUUCAAAUACUUCCUCACCAAACACAAGCUGGAGAGUCGAACUCCAUACUGAAGGAUUGGGCAGUGGGAAGGGAUUCCAGAAUCUUUUAUUUUUAAAAGGCUCUCUCUGCCUGUUUCCAUUCCCCUGCCCUCACACCAAGGUGAUGUUUGCAGGCGGCGGGAGGGGUUUCAGGGGGCCUUCCACUCCCUGGCACCUUAGAGAGAGGGGAGGGUGGGCCAGCCGCCUACCAGAAGGCCAUGCGUCUGCAGGGACAUCCGAGGUGGUGGUAGAUGGGGCAAGACUUUGGAGGGGGAGUGAGAAAGUGCUCUUUCUGUCCCUCCCCUGAGAGGAACGUAGCUUUUCUGCUUCAUUGCAGUCUCCUCCUCUAGAAUUGUAGACCACACAGGAGGGAAGAAAUGCACACUGAAAACAUGAAAGGAAAAACUAAUUAUGUGUGUGAAAGUUCCAGGACACAGUAUAAAAUAGUUGGAUAAUGUUUAUCCUUUAUUUUUCUACAUAGAGGUCUGGAUUUGUGUGUGUGUGUGUGUGUACAAGUACGUGUGACAGCUGGGAAUAUAAAGCUGUUGUUUAAAAAAAAAAUAGACGGCUGAACUCUUCCAUCGGGGUUGAGCAGAAAAGGCACCACAGUAAUGAAUUGCUGAAGGUGGCCUCAUGUUGGAUAGAGCCCCCAGAUGGAAGUUUCACUUAAAUGUAAAAUAAUAAAGCUUAUAUUUUGAAUUUCUCUUUUCAUGGGGGAUAAAAAGGGUACGUUGAAAAAAGUCAAAAUAAUGAUAUGUGACUUCCAGCUACUUUUUUUUCUUUUCUCCCAUCAGUCACUUUCCUGUGCCUUUUUCCUCUGUCUUUCCUAAAAAUUCCAGGGCCAAAGAUCUGGCCCUGGGGCAUUUUCUCUGGCUGCAUGCACACAUGCGUGCUGGGUGGCAGGACUGCUCACACUGGAGGACUGUGGCCCCCAGUAGGAUUGAUUAGACGGCUGGUCUUGGAUCUGCUGAGACCAUUUCCUUCCCCCGUGGUUGAUGUGAAUGUGUGCCUCCUGGGGCCAGCACAGAGGAGCCCUUCAAAUGUCACUGGCUGCUUGUUGGGUAGGCACUUGGGGUACAUCCCACCUUUAUCCCAGGACUUAUUUCUCCAUCAACCUUUUAACUCAGGCACUUCGGAUAUUCUUGUCUGUGUGUGUUUUGACUAAAUCUGUGCUUCCCUGUGCAGUUGUAGGGAUUUUAAAGAACAUAGCAAAUACGUCUGUGGCAUCUGCCCUAUCACCAGUUCCCUGUCACAGAGCCUCUCACUGCACAGUGACAGGAUCCAGGCCCUCCAGUCAAGCCCCACUGCUCAAGUGAACCCUGACCCUCAGGCAUGGGUCAAGCUGCCCCUGGAGCUGUCCUCAGCCUUGCAUGGUCUGCAUGGGAAUGCGAGGCUAGCUUGCGUUUUCUGGCAUGGUGCAUCUGGGCCGCAUUAUCACUAGGAGAAAAUGCAAGCUUGUUUCCGCUGGCCACGCCCUUUGAUUGGCUGCCAGAUCUCCAAGGGGAGACCGAAUGGCUUCACCGUUUCCUUUUAGAGUCCUCUUUUAAAAAUGAGCAGGAAGCAUGGGUGUGUGUGUAUGUGUGUGUGUGUGUGUGUGUGUGCACUUUGUCAGCCUGGUUGUGCCCUUUGCCCUUCGCCCUUUGCCUCAGGCACGGUCAAUGUGCGUCUGGCUGAGGCUCAGACCAGGCCCUUUCAGAGGCUGUUACUUCCUGGGAAGAGAUCAGGCAGCACUGGAACAGUUUCUAUCUUGGGACCUUGCACAGUGCCUUGGGAGCAGUGCUCAGGUUAGGGACAGGAGAGUGCCACGUGGGGUGGUUACCACAUGUGCCCCUGAGCAGGACCUUGCUCCUGGGCUGGGGGCCUGAGCUGCCGACCCGUCCCACUUUGGAGUUCACCGCGCCCCGCCCGGCACCCACUCCCUGCCCACCUGGAAACCACUGCGGCCAGCUUCUCUCCCAGGCAUGCUGAAAGGCCUUGGAGACCGUGCUGCCGGCUCUCCAAACACACCCUGCAUCUCUGUUCAAUCCUGUAAAUGAAAGAAAACUAGACCAAAUUCUAGAAUAAUCAAUCUCCCGUUUGCAUCCACCCACAAUAUGCCACGCUGCAGCAAAAUAUUCCCUUUUUCCUACAGGAUUCUGUUUUCGAUUUAUUCAGAGAAAGUGUUUACUUCUCUGGAAAACUUUGGGUAGCGAAUACAAGGAAGAGAGGUCGGAGGUGGGGGCCAGAGCUCCGUGGGCACCGUUGGAAGGCAGGUCUGCUCUUGCCUGGCCUCGCGCAGUGCACUGAGCCGGCGGGAAGUGGUGCCGCCUGUCCUGCCUUCCGCGCUGGGUCUUCGGCGGCCCGCUGAGCCAUGUACCUGAGAAAGCUUGAAAGUAGAGAAGCACUAAGACCGCAGUGGUGGUUCAUUUCGUGGGAAUUGCUUUCCCUGCCUCGUCUUGGGCCCCAGAGGUGAGUUGGUGCCCCGUGCAGGCUGUUGGGCGUGAAGGAGUAGCUAGAUAGGAGGAUGUUCUCUCCACCCCCACCUCCAUGGUGACCAACGUCAUGUAACUGUGGCACAACUCGGUCCUUCAUGGCUUUGGAGUAACAUCUGUAGCCAGGCGCUGCCGCUCGAGUACAAUACUCAGUAAUGUGUGUGCACACGUGCACGUGAACUCUGCUGCCAAGACCAUACCAUGACUUGAGAUUGAACCACUCGUACAUCAGAGUUUUAUAUCUAUUUUAGAGUAAAAAAUUGACCUUUUUUUUUUUUAACAAAUGGGAUAAAUCUUUAAUCCAUGACUAUUUAUUCUUAACUUUCGAUUGAAUCUAGGUAUUUACUGGUCUACAUGCAUUUGUGUGGGGGGGUUUUUUUUUUGACAAUGUCUUAUUCCAGCUCUGUCCUCCAAAGUCUUCUGAAGGCUGCAUCUCCACUGUGUUGUUUUGCCAAUAAGGUUUUGUUGAACUUUCUUUAAGGAUGACUGUGCUUGUUAAAUGCGAAUGUACUGUAGCUUCCUACCUGUCAAGACGCACAAUGCAUAAGGGUGAGCAAGUGUUGUUUCUUAAAUGCCUGUAGUAAAUAUUGUUUUUGCCUCUAAUUGUUGCUGGUUCUUUGAAGAAGGAAAGGAGUGCUUAUAUUUCUGAUAUGCUGCUACCGUUGUGACACUGGAGCUAGAGAAAAUAAAGCUUUGAUCUUUGAA